UCCUCCUCUUUCACCAUUCUUUGUCCUCCUCUCUUCCCCCUCUCUUCCUCCUCUCUCUGUCCCCCUCUCCACCUCUCUCUCCUCUUUCUCCAUUCUUUUUCUCCCACUCUCUCUCCCCUCCUCCACACUCUCUCUAUCCCACAUUCUUCACCUUCCUUCCACUUUCUCAACCACUCUCCCCACCCCUUUGUCUUUCACACCCUCUCACCCCUUCCUUCUUGCCACUCAACCCUCCCUCUCUCCUUCUUUCUCCUCGAAUCCCCAUCUGUAACCCCAGUCCCACCUUCCUCUUUCUUCCCACUCUACCCCCUCUCUCCCUUACUCUCUCUUCUCUUUCCUUCUCUCCCCUCUCCUUCUUUCUUCCCCUCCAUUGUUCUGCCUCCCUCUCUUCCCCACACCUCUCUCCACCACUCUGUCCCUGUCUCUAAUUCUUCUCCCACCCUGUCAACCCUUUUUCUGCAUUUUCUCCCCGUCUUCUGCCUCUUCUCAAUCUCUUUCCUCCCCAUUUUCUCACCUCACUCACCUUUCUCUCUCCCUCACUCUAACCAAACUCUUUACCUCACCUUCUUGCCCUCCAUACCCUCUUUAUUGCCCCAUCCCAUUUCUCUCAUCUUCCUGUCUUCCUCUUCCCACUUUCCCCCUCCUCCUCUCUCCUCACCUCUCUUCCCCUCUUCCUUCCUUUCCCUCUGUCCCCCUCCCUCCUCUCCUUCCUCCUCUCUCACACCCUGUCCCCUUCCCUCUGCUCUUCCAUUUCUGUCUCCCUCUCCCCACUUCCUCCUCAUUCUCACCUCUCUCUAUCACUCUUCACUGCAUGUCCCCCUCCCUCCAGAGCAGUUUCUGUACAUGGCAGGAUGAACGUGCAGGGGAGUUACAUCAGAUUCUGCGAGAGGUUGUUGAGGAGUGCGGCUGUGGUCAGACUAUGAACUGCGUUUGGAGAGAGAGAGAGAUGGAGAUGGAUAGAGAGGGCAAUAGAGAGAUGGAAUGAGGAAGAGACAGGAAGAGACAUAGAGUGAGAUGGGGAGAAAGAAACAGAUAGGGAGCAAUAGAGAUGGAGAGAGAGACAGGGAAAGAUACAGUGAGACAAGAGAAAGAGGGAGAGAACGAGAGACAGAGAGAGUCAGAAAGCGAGAGGGAGAAACAGAGGUGAGUGAAUCCCAGAGAGAGAGAGAGAGAGAGAGAGAGAGAAAGGAGACAGGGGUGAGAGGGAGCUCUACUCACUUUUACCAAGAUGCAAAUGUUAAACAGAUGACUCUAGGGCUCUGAGCCAAAGUUGGGGGGGAAGAGGUCUCCACAUGAUCUCCAUUUCUCACCUGUUCCCAGAUCCACUGGGGUUGUCUGUUGUGGCUGAGGGUCUGCACAGAUUGUCAAACCUCUCACAUUAACCGUCAGGGCCAGAGGGGCCACAGAGACAGAGAGAGACAUGCUGACCGAGUUGGCUUUGGGCUCCCUGUUCUUCCCCGCUCUGUUCAGUCUGUGCCGGAGGUGCCUGAAGCAGCUGCCAGUACCGGGAUGGGGGGAGACCGAUGCUGUCAUUCUCUCCUCCAGGCUGGUAUCCUCAGUACAGGCAGUGAUGGCAUCAAGUGCAGGUCUUAUCAUCGUCCGGUCCUGCCGAAAUAACAUCCUGGAAACCAGGCACUGGCUGACCAACACCUAUGUGCUGUUUGCGGUUCCCUACUUUGCCUAUGAUAUCUAUGCCAUGUACCUCUGCCACUGGCACAGGACCCGUGUGAAAGGGCACGGGGUGGAACAGGAAGCUUGUGUCAGUGUUCUGCGCUCCUACCUGAGGAAGGACCUCCUUAUGGUCAUUCACCACAGUGUGAUGUUCACCAUCUGCUUCCCCGUCUCUGUGUUUCUACGGGAUGGACGUGGAGACUACUUUGUGGGCUGCCUCUUUCUGGCUGAGGUCAGCACACCCUUCGUCUGUCUGGGGAAAGUGUUGAUUCAGUACAGACAGCAGCACACCCUCCUGCACAAGCUGAACGGCAUCCUAAUGCUGCUGACGUUCUUCGCCUGCCGAGUAGCCCUCUUCCCCUACCUGUACUGGGCGUACGGGCAGCACACGGGGCUGCCUCUCCACCGUGUGCCCCUAGAACUUCCCUUCCACGUUAACCUGGCCGCCCUCACCCUGAUGGCCCCCCAGCUGUACUGGUUUGCUCUCAUCUGCCGUGGGGCACUGCGCCUAUUCCGUCGGGGACGCUCCGGACGCCCGCAGAUCAAUGGCUGGGCACCUGGACCUCCCCCCUCCUAAUCAUCACCCUCUCUCCUCCUCAUCAUCCCUCCUCCCAAUCCUUCAGCCCCCUUUCCCCUCCUGACCCUCGCCCUCCAGUAUCAAGGAGUAGGGUCAGCCUGAACCACUGAGGAGGGGUGAGAUCUCCUGAGGCUUGAGGGCAGAGGAGUGGGCCUCCACUCUCCCUCUUCCGCUCUAUCCUCUUCUCCCUCUCCCUCCCCUCUCUCCUGUCUCUGUCUUCCUCUCCCCCCACUACUCUCACUCCAUUCCCCUCCUUCUCAACCCCUUCCCUUUCUCCUCUUCCCUCUCAACCCCUCCCUCACCGCAGACGUUUAAGAAGAGCAGGAGGGGCUGUCUCAGAAUUCCCGCUGCCUCCAGAGGGUUUUAGGGAAGUGUGUGUGGAGAAGCUGAUUGGGAGAGAGGGGGAAGACGUUGGGAAAUCGGAGGGUAGCUGACACUGGAGAUUGGAGGUGUUUAUAGGUGGGGUUGCAGGAUUCAGGAGAGCGGGUUAAGGGGAGAGGGGAGAGCAGGGUGGAAGGGGAAGUGAGAGGAAGGAGGAAGAACAGGGAGAGAAGUGGGAAGAGAGAGAGAUGGGGAGGAACGGGGAGGAGAGAGUGGGAAGAAGGGAUAGAGAGAUGGAUGAUAGGUAGAAAAGAUAUAACCCCCCCGCCCGUGCACAGGUCAGAUACACCACACUUACGUGUGUGCAAGUGCACACACACACACUCACGCACGCACAUACACACACACUCUCUCACACACACUCACACAUACACUCACACACACACUCACACACUCACUCACACAUGCACAUACACACACAUUCACCCUCUCUCACACACACUCACACUCUCACACUCACACACACACACUCACACUCACUCACGCACGCACAUACACACACAUUCACCCUCUCUCACACACACUCACACAUACACACACUCUCACACACACUCACACACACUCACACUCUCACACUCACACACAUACACACACACUCUCUCUCACACACACACACACACUCACACUCACGCACACACACUCACGCACGCACAUACACACACUCUCUCACACACACACUCACACACAUACGCACACUCUCACACACACUCACUCACACUCACACACACUCACACUCUCACACUCACACACACAUACACACACUCUCACCCUCUCUCACACACACUCACACUCACGCACACACUCACACACACACUCACACACGCACACACACACACACACACCAGAUGGAGUGGGAGGGUGAAUGUUGGGGUCUGUCACUGGUCUUGUUGCCUCCCCCACCCCACACCAUGUGUAUUUAUUUUCUGCCCCAUUUCUCUGCACUUUGGGGGCCAAUGUUGCUGUAAAUAUUUUGUCCUAUUUAUUGAUUAUUUAUUACCUGUGGGGUUGGGCGUAGGUCGGGUGCUGGGACCUCAGACUCUGUCAGUGUACCUUCACACCCCACAGUCCCUCCCUCACAGAGUGAUGGGGUAGUGGGAGCGGAUAAGAAUUGGAUUCAGAAUAUUGGAUAUCUCCUCUUAUAUCACUUCCCUCUCUCCCCGACUCUGUACUGAACUGGACCAGUGUGGAGGGAUGGGCUCGUAUAGGUGGGUAGGGGAGUGGAGAGGGUCUUGAAUACACUUCACCCUCCUCCACAGAGUGAGCCACAUCCCUGGGUCGCCACCCUCCCCGCCCACAGCCUCCUCUGUGCUGGGGAGAGGAUGAGGGGAAUGUCCCAGUGUGUGGAGAGGAGAAUGCCCUGGUGAGGGGAGAGGGAAAGGGGAGUGUCCUGGGGGUUGGAAUGGUGUGGGACUGUGUGAAAUAUUGUACACAGGUUGUUUAAAAACUGCUGUAAAGUUCUUGUAUCUAUAAAAACCUUCAACUCUCCCACCGAUUUCCUUGUUCUCUGUCCGACUGGCUGUCAAGAUGUUGUCUCACUAUCGUCUCCUCCAUUCCCCCACCU